AUGGCCCAGGAACGCUCCGGAAUUGUGGUCGGUCUGAACAAGGGCCAUGUGGGUUUCCCUAUCCGUGCUAUAUUUGAUUUUGAACGGGUCUCAGUUGUCGAGUGGAUGUUGAAUGGCUGGAUAUUGCUGGGAAGCGGGGGGAAAGUUCGAUAUUACAAGUCCGAAAAAACCACCCCCCUCAACACCCCCAAGACCCGUGUCAGCCGCACCAAGGGCCAGUCCUCUCGCCGCACUGCCUUCGUUCGUGACAUCGCUCGUGAGGUUGUCGGUCUUGCCCCCUAUGAGCGUCGUAUCAUCGAACUCCUGAGAAACACUCAGGACAAGCGUGCUCGUAAGCUCGCCAAGAAGAGGCUCGGUACCUUCGGCCGUGGCAAGAGAAAGGUUGAGGACAUGCAGCGCGUCAUCGCCGAGUCCCGUCGUGUUACUGGUCACUAA